AGUCGCCUCCCAGAUGAGCGCGCUAGCAGACGGCUGCGGGCCGCCGGGCGCAGGGCAUGUCCCCUGAGUGCGCGCAGGCGGCGGGCACUGGGUCCCCGCGCAGUCUGGAGCGGGCCAACCGCACCCGCUUCCCAUUCUUCUCCGACGUCAAGGGAGACCACCGGCUGGUGCUGACCGCUGUGGAGACGGUCGUGCUGGCGCUCAUCUUCGCGGUGUCGCUGUUGGGCAACGUGUGCGCCUUGGUGCUGGUGGCGCGCCGACGGCGCCGCGGCACCACCGCCUGCUUGGUGCUCAACCUUUUCUGCGCGGACCUGCUCUUCACCAGCGCCAUCCCGCCCGUGCUGGCUGUGCGAUGGACUGAGGCCUGGCUGCUGGGCCCGGUCGCCUGCCACCUGCUCUUCUACGUGAUGAGCUUGAGCGGCAGCGUCACCAUCCUCACGCUGGCGGCCGUCAGCCUGGAGCGCAUGGUGUGCAUCGUUCGCCUGCAGCGGGGCGUGCGGGGCCUGGGGCGGCGGGCGAGGGCCGCGCUGCUGGCGCUCAUCUGGGGCUACUCGGCGCUGGCCGCGCUGCCCCUCUGCGUCUUCUUCCAAGUCGUUCCGCAGCGGCUCUCCGGUCGGGACCAGGAAAUUCCGAUUUGCACGCUGAGUUGGCCCAGCAUCGCUGGAGAAAUCUCCUGGGAUGUGUCGUUUGUUACUUUGAACUUCUUGAUGCCGGGAUUGCUCAUUGUGAUCAGCUACUCCAAGAUUUUACAGAUCACAAAGGCAUCAAGGAAAAGGCUCACGGUGAACCUGGCUUCCUCGGAGAGCCACCAUAUCCGCGUGUCCCAGCAGGACUUCCGGCUCUUCCGUACCCUCUUCCUGCUCAUGAUCUCCUUCUUCAUUAUGUGGAGCCCCAUCAUCAUCACCAUCCUCCUCAUCUUGAUCCAGAAUUUCAAGCAGGACCUGGUCAUCUGGCCAUCCCUCUUCUUCUGGGUGGUGGCCUUCACGUUUGCCAACUCAGCCCUGAACCCCAUUCUCUAUAACAUGUCACUGUUUAGGAAUGAAUGGAGGAAAAUUUUCCACCGCUUCUUCUACCCAGAAAAGGGAGCCAUGUUUACAGAUACAUCUGUCAGAAGAAAUGAUCUGUCCGUUAUUUCCAACUAAUUAAAUUUUUCUCUAUAGGCAGAGUUUAUCACCCUCUGGAAAGCUAGGAUAUGCUUUCAAAGGGAGUUUAUUUCCAGGACCAUCACAUCACUGUAGCCUGCUUUAAGAAAAUGUAACCUAUGCAAAUACACAUUUAUAGCACCAGUAAAUUAAGGGGUGAUCAUUCAGUAUGACAAUUUUACCCUUCAUAAAAGGAUUUGUUAUGGGCUCCCUUUAAAUAUGAACUUUUUCCAGUGUGUUUGUAAUAUGAUUGAGUUUAAUAAAUUUUUAUUUAUAGCUGUUCAGC